CAAAAUAACCCACGUCUGCUUUUCUUUGGGUUUAGUAAGAGCUGACCUUUGAUCUGAGACUUAAGGCUGAAUGAGAAUGGACAGUGGAAGGAGGGUGGGUAUGGCAUGUGGGACAGUGGGGGCUGCGUAGAAGUUUAGAAGUCUGAUGGGGCCAGGAGCACAGCAGCAAGUUCUGCCAAGGCUGGAGCUUAAAGGUUCACAGAAGCCGCCACAGAACUGAGGCUACAGUGGAAGGGAGAAAUGGUGGGGAAGAGCCAGCCAUUUGGAAAGCCCGAGCUCUCUCCUGUGACUGACGGGCAAGUGUUGGGGGAAAUCCAGACCGCCCAGCCUGUCAUUUAUCCAGCCAUCCCUCCCUGACCCAAAUAUGAGAGACGGAUACAGUAAUGUCCAUCAACCUGAAAGCAGCCCUCCAGCAAUCAUCUGGAAUGCUGCUGAACCCAGUGCUGCCUCUGAAACUCUAAGACUUAAUGCAAAUGACCAAGUGCCUUGAACCCAAAUAUGCAGAGACUAUAAUAACAAUACUAGUAAUAUGUGAGUGCUCGUAAGCACUUUACGUACACCUUCUCACUUCGUCCUCCCUCCAACCCAAAGACGCAAGUGGUGUUAUUCCUAUUUUAGAGACGAGGACACAGGCUCAGAGGUGUAGUGACUCGUCUAGUAAGUGACGGAGCUGGGAUAUGAACCUACUGUGUCUGGCCCAGGAGAGACGUGGCAAGGAGGACAGACGAGAAACAAGAAACGAAGGUUACAACAGAAGUGCAGAUAUGGGAAUGAGGACUAUCAGCUGUGGUGAGGGCAAAAAAAUGCAGGCCUCCUGACAACUGAAGAGAGGCAGCUCUGCAAAGCCUGAAAGGACUGGGGGUGGAGGGGGGCGUGGUGCCACGGGGAGGACUGUGGGUCCCCAGAAGUUCCACUGUGUCAGACUCUGAGUUCCGGGAAGCUGGUAUUGAAUUCUGUCACAGCGCAGGAGCUCUGCCAAGGACCAUGGAGCGCUCCUAACUCAAUGCUUCUUUUACCGUGGAAACUGGGGCCAGAGAGGAGAAAUGGCUACAGACGGUCACCGACAGAACAGAGAACGGGUUCUGUUCUCCUCCCAUCUCCAGACUACUGCUUCUGCUGUCCGACAGCCACUCGUCCUCCUGCUAAUAGUACCCCGGUCUCACUGAGCCCUCCCAGCAUGGGUCUUAGUCCCCUGGGGCUGCUGUAACAAAAAUACCAGAGUGGGGGGCUGAAACCACAAACACCGAUCCCUCAAAGUUCUGGAAGCUGGAAGUGCAAGGUCCAGGUGCCAGCAGGUCUGGUGUCUGGUGACAGCCUCCUUCCUGGCUGGUAGACAGCCACCUGUCACUGUAUCCUCACAAGGGGAGGGGGUGUGGGCUCUUGUGUGUCUCUUCUCAAUCAGGGCAUUUACCUUCUUCGGAGGGCUCCACCCCCAUGACCCAGUGACCACCACCCCGCCUCCCCAAGGCCCCAUCACCAAAUACCACCCAACUGAGGAUGAACGUUUCAAUGUACGAAUUUUAGGGGGACACAAACACACAGCGCCUGAUAACCCACACCUCCAGACUGCGCCAGUCCGCAAAAGCCACACUGAAGGUUACACACGAGACCACAAAACCAGCCAGCAUGAAUCAGAGGCUUUUCUGCCUCUCGUCCCAGUGGAGUUGGCCCGUGCGGGGCUUCCGCGGCCACCACGGUGGGGGAAAAAGCUGGUCUGCAUCCUCGGAAAGGGGCGAGGGCGAGAACCCGAGCGGGAGGAAGGGGAACCAGGUCCAAGCCACAGUGCUGCAGCCUCUACGUCGGGCUGUGGCUGGCGUGCCAGCAGUCACGGCUCCUGCUUUGGUUCUCAUCUCCAUCCCAACGGCGGGGGUAGCCCCCGGGCUGCCCCCCGAGGAGAUGGAAAGAGGGGCGGGCGCAUCACUUCCAUCCCGGCCGGCAGACGGCACAGCACUCGCUUCUGAGCUAGUACGAGGUACUAGGCUGGCCCACCUCCCGUCAGGGUUUCUGUCACUGGCAACACCGGAGUCUGAACAAAACAGCGGCCUGUUACCGCCACCACGCCACGCUGUCCUCACAGCAUCACAAGUCUGGAGGAAUUCUCCGGAGGAGGUUAAAGCUCUGGGUUUGUGUGCUCCACGCCGCCACCUCGACACCUGCCUCCACCUGCGCCCGCCGGCUCUCCUCCUCCCGCCUCCGGUCGCCACGGGGCCGCCCCCCCCCCCCCACCCCCCGCCUCGGGCCCUCCCGGCCGCCCCCUCCUCGCCUUCCGUCCAGAGAACACAAGGCUGGCGGGCAGGUGCUGGGAGGCGGCGGGCGGGUCCUGAAGAAACGACGGGCUGGGGCCCGAGCUCUCCCCGGGCUGCCGCGGCCAUGCCCAACUCGGUGCUGUGGGCCGUGGAUCUCUUUGGGAAGGUGUACACGCUGUCCACGGCGGGCCAGUACUGGGAGCUCUGCAGGGACAGCCCGCUGGAGUUCAAGCGCGUCAGCGCCACCACGCAGUGCUGCUGGGGCAUCGCCUGCGACAACCAGGUCUACGUGUUCGUGUGCGCCAGCGACGUCCCUAUCCGCCGCCGGGAGGAGGCCUACGAGAACCAGCGCUGGAACCCCGUGGGUGGCUUCUGUGAGAAGUUCCUGCCCAGUGACCGCUGGCAGUGGAGUGACGUGAGUGGGCUCCAGCACCGGCCGCUGGACGGGGUGGCCCUGCCCUCGCGGCACUGGGAGUGGGAGUCGGACUGGUACGUGGAUGAGAACUUUGGAGGGGAGCCCACCGAGAAAGGGGGGUGGACAUACGCCAUCGACUUCCCCGCUACGUACACGAGAGACAAGAAGUGGAAUUCUUGUGUGCGGCGGCGGAGGUGGAUCCGGUAUAGGAGAUACAAGUCCCGGGACACCUGGGCCAAGAUCCCUUCGAAGGAGGACCCCAAGCAACUGCCUGACCCCUUCAAUGACCUCUCUGUGGGGGGGUGGGAAAUCACAGACGAGCCCGUGGGCCGCCUGUCCGUGUGGGCUGUGUCUCUGCAGGGAAAGGUGUGGUACAGAGAGGACGUCAGCCACCCCAACCCCGAAGGCUCAUCGUGGUCCCUCGUGGACACCCCAGGGGAGGCAGUGCAGAUCAGCUGUGGGCCCCACGACCUCCUGUGGGUCACGCUCUGGGAGGGGCAGGCCUUGGUCCGGGAAGGAAUCAACAGGAACAGUCCCAAAGGAAGUUCCUGGUCCAUAGUGGAGCCUCCCGCCUCUGAAAACGGGAUCGUGCAUGUCUCCGUGGGAGUUGGCGUGGUCUGGGCCAUCACCAAGGACCGGAAAGUGUGGUUCCGAAGAGGCGUCAACUCGCACAAUCCCUGUGGCACCAGCUGGAUUGAGAUGGUCGGAGAUAUGAUGAUGGUGAACGUGGGGCUGAACGACCAGGUUUGGGGCAUUGGCUGUGAGGACCGGGCCGUGUACUUCCGCCAGGGUGUCACCCAGAGCGAGCUCAGUGGGAAAACAUGGAAGGCGAUCGUUGCCAGCCGAGAGAGUGACCGAUCGCACUCUGGUAGCUCAUCAAGUCUCCUCAGGGGUCACGGGUCUGCCCCUCUUGUCCCCAGUGCUGGCUGCUUCUUUGGCGACGAGGUAAGGGGCAGUGGUGAGUCCUGUGCACCGAGCGACACGGACGCCUCUUUGGAAGCCGACAGACCGGGGCCUGACCAGCCUGUCCCUGCAGAGUCUGUGGACGGUCCCAGGAACCCCAGGGACAGCUUGGCCUCAGGCACCGGCAGGACCCCAGAGCUUGCCGUGGAGGUUGCUGGCCCGGCCACUCAGACUCCUGGGCCCGAGCCUCGCCCUGGCGCGGCCUCCACCCCGGCCGAACUGCCCUGGACCAAUAUUGACCUGAAGGAGCCCAAGAGAGCACCCAGCCACUCAGCUGUUAGCUUUCCAGAGACCACCGGCCUCUCCUCGCUGGGGCUCCUCCCACUGGGCUUGGAGGAACCCUAUGGGGCCGAUGACCACCCGCUGUGGGCCUGGGUGUCAGGAGGAGGCUGUGCCGUCGAGGCUCACGCUGUCCUCAAGUGGUUCACCGUCCAGUCGGGCCUGUCCCCCCCGGUGCAGACGCUCUCCUUGUCCAUCAUGCCGGCGCAGACUGCUGCCUGGCGGAAGCAGAUCUUCCAGCAGCUCACGGAAAGGACCAAGCGGGAGCUGGAGCACUUCCGGCACUACGAGCAGGCCGUGGAGCAGUCGGUGUGGGUGAAGACAGGGGCCCUGCAGUGGUGGUGUGACUGGAAGCCCCACAAGUGGGUGGACGUCCGCGUGGCCCUGGAGCAGUUCACGGGGCUCGACGGGGCUCGGGACAGCAUCCUCUUCAUCUACUAUGUGGUCCACGAGGAGAAGAAGUACAUCCACGUGUUCCUCAACGAGGUGACGGUGUUGGUCCCCGUGCUCAAUGAGACCAAGCACUCCUUCGCCCUCUACACGUCCGAGAGGACGCGGCAGAGGUGGCCUGUGCAUCUGGCCGCUGCCACCGAGCAGGACAUGAAUGACUGGCUCGCCCUGCUCAACCUGUCCUGCUGUGAGAGCCGGAGGGUCCACGGCCGCCCCUCCCCACAGGCCAUCUGGUCCAUCACGUGCAAGGGGGACAUCUUUGUAAGCGAGCCCAGCCCGGACCUGGAGGCCUCCGAGCACAUGCUGCCCUGCGACCAGAUGUUCUGGCGGCAGAUGGGAGGCCACCUGCGGGUGGUGGAGGCCAAUGGCCGGGGUGUGGUGUGGGGCAUCGGCUAUGACCACACGGCCUGGGUCUACACCGGCGGCUACGGCGGAGGCUGCUUCCAAGGCCUGGCCAGCAGCACCAGUAACAUCUACACGCAGUCGGACGUGAAGUGCGUCUACAUCUACGAGAACCAGCGCUGGAACCCCGUCACGGGCUACUCCAGCAGGGGUCUGCCCACCGACCGGUACAUGUGGAGUGACGCCUCGGGGCUGCACGAGUGCACCAAGGCCGGCACGAAGCCCCCAUCCCUGCAGUGGACCUGGGUUUCUGACUGGUCUGUGGAUUUCAGCGUUCCCGGGGGCACGGACCAGGAGGGGUGGCAGUACGCCAGUGACUUCCCUGCCUCAUACCAUGGGUACAAAACCAUGAAGGAUUUUGUCAGGAGAAGGUGCUGGGCCAGAAAAUGUAAGCUGGUGACCAGUGGGCCCUGGCUGGAGGUGGCCCCUAUCGCCCUUGGGGACGUGUCCAUCAUCCCAGAGAGCCCAAGUACCGACAGAAGUGGGCACAGCAUCGCCCUCUGGGCCGUCAGCGACAAGGGGGACGUGCUGUGCCGCCUGGGUGUGUCAGAGCUCAACCCCGCGGGCUCCUCCUGGCUGCACGUGGGCACCGACCAGCCCUUCACUUCCGUCUCCAUUGGGGCCUGCCACCAGGUGUGGGCCGUGGCCAGGGACGGCUCUGCCUUUUACCGAGGCUCCGUGUCCCCCGCGCAGCCGGCUGGCGACUGCUGGUACCACAUCCCGUCCCCUCCCAAGCAGAGACUGAAGCAGGUGUCCGUGGGGCAGACGUCGGUUUACGCCUUGGACGAAAACGAGAGCACGACGGUACCAGCCCAGCCCAGCAGGGCGAUCCUGAGGCUCAGGUGGAGUCCGGCGUGGAGAGCGGAGAGCUGGCUCCGGCCCCGGCUUUUCUCUUCCUGGGUCGGCAGGAGCCCCAGCAAGUGUGGGGACAGCCGCCUCUGUCUCCAUGGCCAGACCCCGAAGUGGGUCCCAACACUCUGGGCCCUUCUCUCUCCAGGGAACCUGUGGUAUCGCCAGGGGGUGACGCCCAGCUACCCGCAGGGCUCCAGCUGGGAGCACGUGUCCAACAACGUGUGCCGAGUGUCCGUGGGGCCCCUGGACCAGGUCUGGAUUAUCGCCAACAAGGUCCCGGGGAGCCACAGCCUGAGCCGGGGAACCGUGUGCCAUCGCACCGGCGUGCAGCCCCGACAGCCCAAGGGCCAGGGCUGGGACUACGGCAUCGGGGGGGGCUGGGAUCACAUCACCGUCCGGGCCAAUGCCACCAGAGCCCUCAGGAGCAGGUCCCAGGAGACAGCCACUGGGUGGAGUGGGGAGCCGGGCCUCCCCAGCACGCCCUCGAGGGUGGCCGGAGCCCCGCACGAGGCCCGCGGCCCCGUCUGCUGCUGAGGCCACCUCCCCCGCCCACCUGAAGCAGGUUUCAUGCAGGUGUGAAGGAUCAAGGUUGAUACGUCUGAGCCAUUCUUAAAUGUGGAUCCUGGAGGGAACCUGGCCUCAGGUCACGGCCACUUGAGAGGCACUGGCUGAACCAGCCCAGAAAUGUGAAGCUUUGUGGAUGCUCUCACACGUGUCCCUGUCUGCAAGGAGGGCCACGGAGCGGGCUGGGGGCUCCUUCACCCCAGCCUUUCCCACCUGUUCCUCCCCACUCUGCCUCCCGCCCUUCCAGAACGGGAACCUGGAGCCGUCCAGGAAUGCUACCCCAGGGAAGCCAAUUCCACAAAACCCCCAGUGUCCCCAAACAGAUGGGGUACGCCCUCCCUCUGCCCCCCCCCCACAAAGAAAAUGGCUGUGGGGCUCAGGGCCACUCUGCGCUGUUCUGGGAUGCGCUCUCAGAGCCAGACGCGAGAAUACGAUUUAAUUUCAGAAGUUAAGCGAGAGUUGGCAGCUUGGAAGGAAAGGCUGGGGAGGGGUGUCUUUCUCCUGGGUGGGCACAAGCCCCCGGCAGGGCUGGGAGAAGUUGUCUGCCUGCAGAACUUGCUGGCAUUCACCCCAGCCAGCCUCCCCUACCCCGCCCCCCUGUCUGAUCAGGCGGUAGGGGCCGUGGGGACCUGGGGUGUGCCGGCCGCAGCCCCAAGCCCUACACGCCAGGGCAGGAGCCCUCUCUCCAGGCCGGUAGGAAGGCACCUCCCAUCCUGCAGCUUCUCUGCCUUUUUUUUUUUUUUUUUUUUUUUUAAGAUUUUACUUUUAAGUACCUCUACGUCCAUCAUGGGGCUCAAACCCACAACCCUGAGAUCAAGAGUCGCAGGCUGUACCAACUGAGCCAGCCAGGCGCCUCUUCUCUGCUGCUGCUUAAGUGAUUACGGCCCCCUUUGGUGAAGCCUCAAAUGUGCUUCCUGCAAACAGACACUUUGCCUGGAGGGUGUGGGAGCCCAAGGUGGCCUCGCUCAUUUGGGGACAAAACGAACGGACUCCAGCCUUCCCUGGAAUUCCCAUCAGGAGGGGUCAGGGUGGGGCUUGUCCGCAGACGGUGACUCAAAGGAGGUCUCCUCCGACGCCCCCUCCUGCGGGGCACUGGAGGGGGCUGAGGGUCUCUACGUUUGCCGGGAAUUGUGGAGGUGCGACCGGGAGGUGCGAGUGUGGGCUGGAGACACUGUCGUGGGUGUUCACACCUGUCAGGUUGUCUCCAGAUGGGCCCUGCGGGUUUCUUCUACAGCAGUGACCUGCCAUUCCGCGGUGACUUGCUGUCCGUGGCUGGGCCACUGUGUCCUCGCUGCUGAGCGCCCACCGUCUUCCAGCUCAGCACCACUGAACCAUCUCGAUUCUUUGGAUGCUUUAGUCAAUAAAAACUCACGCCGGGGU